AUGCCGGAGUGUAAGACCCUUAAAGACACUGCUAAAUAUGAAAUCGAAAGCCAGCAGCAACAAACAAGACUUAUAUACCUAGGGUUCAAGCUGGACUUAGACCUUUCCACACAGGCUGUUGGCCACAAUACAAGUGCCGAGGGUGUACGAAGCGGCCGAAAUACCGAUGAACUUGUUACCGACUUGAUUGCCCAGCUUGUUGAGCAUCUCAUGUACACCUUACGUGAGAAGCUCGGCAGUGGUCUUGUCAACAGCACUCCUUUGCAAUUUUUCAUCACCGUACCAGCUAUUUGGAGCGACUUAGCGAAGGAAAAGACUAUGAAGGCAUCAGACGUUCAUAAAAUAUUUGAGCCUGUGGUGCUUGAGGUCAUUAGAUUGGUAAAGGAUCAGAUCACAGCAGGCAACGUGCCCGUUCAAGCCAUUCUUCUGGUAGGCGGUUUUGGGUCCUCAAAUUACCUCAAGGAGCGACUUCGAGCUGCCAUAGAUAGCUCUGUACGGAUAUUGCAGCCCCCCAAUGCAUGGCAGGCUAUUGUACAGGGAGCAGUGCUCAAAGGACUUGCUCUUUCAUCUCCAGACUCCACAGUGGUCAAAGUGGAAAACCGCAAGGCCCGAAAACACUAUGGCACUGAAUGGAGUGUUCGUUGGGAUGAAAAGUCACCGAAAUCUAAAGAGCGAAAGAUAUUGGGUUCGACAGUAUCUGAGAACGAGCCAUAUAUCGCCGCAUUUGUAUGGACAAAUCCUGUUAGUAAAGGACGCAUUCGAACGGUCAGGAUGACUAUAUACAAUGACCCUUUGUCUCGAGAUGCUCCAUUGUCCCGCAACGACAAUGUCGGGAUUCUCUCAAUCGUUGAAGCAGACGUCAAUCAUAUUCCGGAGAAUCAGCUACGUCGCAGAAAGGGAUGCGAUGGCCAAUGGUACUACGAGCUGAACUGUAAGAUCUAG